AUGUCGUUUAACUGGAAAGGCCUUUUAGGCGUAAAUCAGACUUCCACCUCCUCAUCACUUGGCUCUCCUGGCACUUCUGUAUCCAACAAUGCCUCUCCCGCAUCGAGCUCCAACGGCACAAGUCAUGUCACAUCGACUUCGGGCGCCACCACUCACACGACAGCUUCGUCCAUAUCGGCUGGCUCGACCGCCAUGAGUCCAGUUGGACCGCGCGCACCGCUCAACGCCAAUCCGUACUCUUUGACACAGCCCUCAGCCCCGAGCGCACCUCUGUUCGGAGGCAUGAUGCCCGGAUCGACUUCACAUCACAGCACCAGCUACAUUCCCUCUUCGUCCUCAACCACGCAGUCCUCGGUCAUAUCUCGUAAACCGUCCGAGAUCCCUGUGAAUGCAGCCGAAGGAGGAGGAUAUCUGCUUGGCAUGGAAAACUUUGGCAAUACGUGCUACGUCAACUCGGUAAUCCAGUCGCUCUACUUUUGUCGUCCCUUCCGCGACUCGGUGCUCAGCUAUAAACCUUCAGGUCGAGAUCGAUCCGGGUCGGAUUUGAGCAGUACGGGUGGUGUCCACUCCGUCGGCGAUCUCGCUUCUCGCACUCCACCAGAUACUGCAACGCAAGUCAUCGACGGCGUGCCUCCCUCGGAUACUCUUUUUGCGUCGCUGCGCGACCUCUUCGAGGUUAUCCAACAGUCAGGCUAUCAGAAAGCAUUGUCAUCGCCUACCAGAUCUACAGCUCCUGCUCCACUGCCCCUCGCGAGCCCCAUUUCGCCUUCUCCUCCCGCAACAGGCACUGCAGAGUAUCCGUCCAUUGCCAGGAAAACUUCCAUCCGUGGUCGCCCUUCUACCGCUGGCGCUUCCUCAGCCAGAGUCGGUGCAGGCAACCAUCUCGUCUCUUCUGCUUCUGUUGGUGCCGGUGCUACAGCCGCUCAGGCCAUCCCCAUCAUGCCUAAUUCGGUCGCCGGUUCGGGACCGCCUAAUCUGUCCAUUUCGACCAGCUCAGCAGGCACGCUGGCCUCCGGCUUUCCUUCCGUGGACUCGGGUGCGGUCAAGUCGUUCCUGACUACGCUCAAGCGUGAGAAUGUACUUUUCGACAGCACCAUGCACCAGGAUGCGCACGAGAUGCUCAACUUUGUGCUCAACAAGGUCGGAGAAGAUCUCAUCGAUGCUGAUAAGGCAAAGAGCCGCGUUAAAUCGCAAAGUCGCGAUGCUUACCCGAAUUCGAGGAAUAUGAGGAAUGGCUCAGACAAGACGGUCGACGUGCAACGCAAGCGCAAUGUUAUGGAGGUGGCUCCUAAUGGCAAGACAUGCGUACAUCGCCUUUUCGAAGGCGUAUUGACCAAUGAGACUCGCUGCCUCACUUGUGAGACCGUCACCUCUCGCGACGAGUGCUUCUUGGAUCUUUCCAUCGACAUUGACAAGAAUUCGUCUGUGACCUCCUGCUUGCGUCAGUUCUCAGCCUCGGAGAUGCUGCGUUCGCGGAACAAGUUCUUUUGCGAUUCAUGCUCAGGCUUGCAGGAAGCAGAGAAACGCAUGAAGAUCAAAAAGCUUCCCAACGUGCUGGCGCUGCAUCUCAAGCGUUUCAAGUACGAGGAGACGGUGCAGCGUUAUGUCAAACUUGCCUAUCGCGUAGUUUUCCCGCUCGAGCUUCGGCUUUUCAAUACAUCGGACGAUGCCGAAGAUCCGGAUCGUCUAUACGAGCUCUGUGCCAUCGUGGUUCACAUCGGCGCAGGCCCUCACCACGGACACUACGUUGCUGUAAUCAAAGUUGGCGGUCGCUGGGUGCAGUUCGACGACGACGUGGUCACCUACAUUGACGAGGCAGAGCUCACCAAGUACUACGGCGACCGCCCCGGUCUCGGAAGCGCUUACGUGCUCUUCUACCAGGCGGUCGAUCUGGACUUUGAAGGCCUUGGCCUCGAGGACCCUGCGCUUCAAGCGUCAACUCAGCAGCGAGUCGUUGCGGGCGCAGCCAGCGAAGCUAGGGGCAGAGCCGGUCUCAAAGUGCCAGGUGGUGCCGAUCCUCGCAGCAACAUCUCGCCCGACCGAUCAGGUGCAGCUGCAACCGCAAAUCAGACGCGUCUCAAUUCGGUUACUGAAGGAAGCCCGCUUGUUUCUGCCGGUACGGGCCAGCCCGAGGCUCAAGGAGGAAACAGCUGGUUCGGGUCCUUCCGAAAACGCGCCGGCAGCCAGUCUCGGAGAAGGCCAAAGACCAUGUCCUCCAUGGACGUUGUCACGGGCGGUCUGUCUGGCCUACCCGAAUUGUCAGCUUCGACCGCUCAUGGCGACCUCGCGAGACAAGCAGUAGCCGAAGUGGACAGUACGACACCUGACAACGCCUCGGUUUCGACUCAUUCGACUACCGCCAAUGAUGCUGCCUCCCGCGUAACACCUAUUAAGACCUCAUCGUCCAUGCCUCCGGCUACAGAACAUUCUGCUCUGCCAUCGAUGCACCCUCUUCCGAGUCGCACCGAUUCGCCGAGCGCUGGAACAGAGGCUGCUGCACCGAUGCGUAAUGCCUUGUUGCCAAUGACUACGGCAUCAGCAUCCGUCUUAGAUGCCAACGCUACCCGUGCCACUACCGAGUCACCUAGCGAGUCCAAGUACGUACGCAUGAUGGCGAAUCAGUCGGAUGCUGCGGCCAACCGUGAAACUAGGGAGCAAAACUUGAGGCGUGGCGAAAUGAAUCGCCGUGCGCGUGCUGCUUCCGAGGGCUUUCCUUCGUCUGGUAUUUUGUCAGAAGCGGCGAUAUCUAGUGGCCCGUUCGUAACCGGACCGAAAGAUGGUACUCGAGUUUUGUUGACACCAACUGCGGUCGUUCCCAACACGCUGGCGGCGUCAUCCUCGAUAGCGCCACAACGUGAGGCGUCGUCAGGUAGUGGGUUCGCGCCUCUGGAGCGUUUCCUGUCAUCCAAGACACAGAAGUCACAAGCGAAGAUGGCACGAAGAGCAUCAUCGAGCUAUACACCCUUGUCACCAACAACGGACAAGGGCGAGAGGAAGGAAGGCAUGUUGUUGAAUCUGUUCAAUUCAUCUUCGCCGUCGGCCUCGUCAGCGGCUCAGUCGAAACGCAACUCGAUGCAGCACCUGUCCAACGGUAGUACGAACGUAGUCGGUGGAGCGGAAGAUACAGGUCUUCCGACGCGCAAGUCUAGUAUCUCGACGAGAACGUUCAGCAAGACGUUUGGGUUUGGUCGGAAGAGCUGA